CAUGCGCUCUCUUUUAGAGGGGCAGGGAAGUAAACAAACGGACAUGCAGAUCUCAUUCUGCAUGGCUUAUAAAUGGAGGUUUACAUUAAGACGUGAACGACUGCACCGUCUCGAUCUCGGUAAAGAAAGAAGCAUAGAAGAUUUUAUUACCAUCUCUUCAAUACAACAACACAGCAACAAAAUAAUGCUGGCAGGGGAUGGAGUUAAUCCGAAGGCGGAGUGCCAGAGGGGAGAGUCUAUAUAUUCAUGUGGACCCUGGGAGGCUGGUGCUUCAAGGCACAGUUGGACUCUGUUGGAACACUAGAGAGCACCUCUGUACACGUCACCAGACUAACGAGGAAUGCUAGCAGGGGAUGGAGUUAAUCCGAAGGAGGAGUGCCGGAGGGGAGAGUCUAUAUAUUCAUGUGGACCCUGGGAGGCUGGUGCUUCAAGGCACAGUUGGACUCUGUUGGAACACUAGAGAGCACCUCUGUACACGUCACCAGACUAACGAACCAGUUGGCUGGUUCCUUUCCUUUUACUCAGAGUAGAACGAAUCACUAGACUGAAUUUUCUUUAAAAAAUAAAAUAAAAAUCUGUUAUACCAUUACAUACUUUUUUCCUCCUAUGAAGUAAUUUUGUUCUCAAAUUGGAUACAUCCUGGAGUUUUAAUUUCAAAGCCAUCAUAAUUUUUCUUACAAAGGAGGACUUGCAACAAUCAGGACCAUUGUAUUGUUCAACAAAGGUAAGAAUAGGACGGCUUCGCUCCUUUGAGCCACAAUGAAUCGGGUGGAAGAAUGGGUUCUGGAAAACAAAGGCAAGAUCGAGAAAGGAGUGGAAAUCAUGGGGCAAGGUUGUGAGGUUUUAGCAGCCACGGUGGGACAGUUCCACCCCAUUUUGGAGGCCGUGUUUGUAGCCUCCGCUGAACUCCUUAGCAACCCAGAUGGUAAAGAGGCCAAGUACCUUGCAGAGCAGUUUGAAAGGAUCAACCAGAAACUUGAAGGCAUCCGAGAUGAGAUCGACAAAAUUGCUUUGGAGAUGCAGCGGACGUCCAUGAACAAGCAGAACUUUGACCGUGAGGCACAAAUGAUCAGUCAGUAUGAGAAGUUCCAAGACUUUGUCAAUGCUAAGCCCAAGUUCAAGGAGAAAAAGAAGGAGAAGUUUCUAAGCCACUAUGAGAACACCAAUGGAGAUCUGAACAUUGACGCCUUGUACAAUGCCGUAACUGGAGAGAAUACCUCUGGAGAUGCCAUGUUAGACACAGUAGUGACCACAGAGCAACGAAGCAGAAGAGCGGUGGAGGAGUUCUGUGCCAGGCUCAAGAAGCUGUUUGUUGUUGGAAUUAUAGCUGUCAUGGGUCACACUGCCCUAAAAGAGGGGGCGGUAGGCGAGGCCAUGGUCAAGAAAUGGCAGGAUCGCAUGGAGGAGGUAGAAAAACGGAUGAAAGCUGCAGUGGAUGACUGCAUUGAGAAUUUUCCCCAGCAGGCUAAGACGGAUGUGGAACGUCAGCUUGUAGAGCGACAAGGCAGCGUUGACCCUGAGUUUACCAAAUUUCUACUGGAUAUCCUUGCCAAGAAAUAUGACUGGGUUUCCUGGUCCGUUCGGGUCUUCAACCACAGUGGCAUAUUCUUCUGGAAUUGGCUCGCCGGCAAAAAGUACCACGGACGAGGGGGAGGUGGCAACUUUUUUGACCUUUUGACCUCGAACAACAUCAGAAUUGUGGUUUCUUUCAGUGCCGAUCCAAAACCGAUCAACAAAAGUCAGCUGCUAGAUCAAAUUGAGUCACAGAAGCUAAAGGGAAACAUGGUGUCUGUGGCUCAGACUCUGUGCAACACUCUUCCCAACACCGUAGUGCAUGCCGUUAGUCGCUAUAAGAAAGUAGAAGAGAAAAACAACUUCCAACCGGAAUGCUACUACUUUGGGAUGCACAGAAGGGCAUACCUCUGCAUUCAUUCUGAAUAGACAUGCAAAGACUGAAAACAUCAAAAUGGCAAUCAUUCUUCUUUAUGUUUCUGCUUUUAACAAUUAGAUUGUAUUAGCUCAGCAUUAGAUAAGUAAAAAAUAUGGGAAUUCCCUCGGAGCAACUACAAUAAAAAAGUUUAUUACCGCUGGCUCACUGUAUUUUCGCAUGUCUAUGGAUAAAAAUAACAUAUAACGAAAAUUACAGUAUAUUUCUGUAACUGUGUCUGUGACAACAUGAAUGUGCACAUAAAAAAAAAAACAUCUGAAAGAACUGUCAUUUGCAAGUUUUGUUAUCAAAUGGUUUAGAAAUCAUAUAGAAAUUCAUUUAAGAGAGGUUGGGUGGACAAAAUUUCAAUGAUCUACACAGAUUUGUAGAAUUUAUUGUUAGUCAAUGUGUUUCCAUUCAAAAAACAUUUCAGUUAAAAUUGUCUUAAAGACGGCAAAAGUCUGUACUGAAAAAAAGUUAUUCUUAAAAAUAUAUAUUCAAGUAAUCUAUACAGUUAUAUAGUCUAUGUAACUCAGGAAUCCUGUCCAUUUUAUUCUUAAGAUUCAUGGUAUGUAAUCACAAAUAAACCAUUCUGUUGAAUUUAA